AUGUCUCGUCCAUUCCGCCUGCUUGGGCGCUACCGACGCUAUCCUUUUGCUCAUAGACGAUGCUACUCGGUGCGUGUCCCCAGCGACGGUGCCGGGGACAUCAGGACAGUGGCAGACCUGAAAGAAUGGCAGCCUGAAGGCCGUGUCUCGGAUGUGCAAGUCUGCGGCUGGGUCAGGUCGGUUCGCAAGAGCUCCAGCGUGCGCUUCGUUGACAUCACCGAUGGAUCGUCCAUGAGGCCAAUGCAGGCUGUCGUUGACAAGAGCUUGGCCGCAGAUAUACGCCCGGGUGCAGCCGUUCGCCUCAAGGGGGUCUGGCAUAGUAGCGCCUCCAAAUUGCUGCCUAGUGUAGAGUCUCAAGAUGACAACCUUGCUCGUCGUAGUCCAAUUGCAGGCGCUCAAGCCCUGGCUGACCACCAGCUGAACCUGAAGAAUCCCGGCCGUGGUUCAGAGCAUGCCUCAGCAGCAAGCUUGCCGGCGUCGACGUCAGUGCAAGAAGCAGAAGCGCCCAGUAUCACCGCAACAAGUCGUGGCCAGGCUCAGGCCUCAGCUACGGCUGAAUUGCAAGUCAACGAAGUGGAAAUCCUUGGCUCAUCUGAUCCCCAUACAUAUCCCAUUCAGAACAAAUAUCAAACACCAGAAAGCUUGCGAGCAAUAUCACAUCUUCGGCCGCGAACUCCUCUCAACUCAACGCUCCUUCGGCUAAGAUCAGACGCCAUUGCGAUUCUAACCAAUUUCUUCUUCAAUGAAAAGUUUCAGCAGACCCACCCCCCAAUCAUUACUUCAUCAGACUGCGAGGGAGCUGGUGAAGCAUUCAGCGUCAAGAGCGGCGGAUCUUCCGAGUUCUUCAGAGACCCCAAGUAUCUCACUGUCUCAUCACAGCUCCAUCUAGAGGCUCUGGCUCAAGCGCUGGGAAAUGUAUGGACUCUAUCGCCUACUUUCCGAGCCGAGCAAAGUGACACCUCUCGGCACCUGAGUGAGUUUUAUAUGCUUGAAGCUGAAAUGAGUUUUGUUCAAGACAUGGAUGAGGUCAUGGACCUCGCUCAAAGAAUGCUGGCGUCGCUUGCUAGCGGGCUCAGCCAGUGCAGUGCCGCCCAGGAACUCGAAAAUCACCGGCUUGAUUCCAGAGACCCUGCGGAACGUUUAGCAUUUGAAGACCUUGUCGAUAUCAAGGAACUGCAACAGCGGUGGAGGGGCCUGACGGCGCCGACCAGAUGGCCGCGAGUGACGUACACAGAAGCCAUCAAAAUCCUCGAACCCGUGGCCCAUCUGUUCGAACACAAGCCCGUCUGGGGAUCCGGCCUCCAGUCAGAACAUGAGAAAUACUUGGCCGAGAAAAUUGGGUAUGAUGCAGCAAGCGAUGCGUUCCAACCCAUCUUUGUCACCCAAUACCCGCGAGAUAUCAAGGCCUUCUACAUGCUCCAGUCACAGUCUCCCCCGCCUCAGGGGCAGACGGUCGAUUGCUUCGACCUCCUUGUCCCUAAUCUUGGAGAGCUUGCGGGAGGAUCCAUGCGAGAGUACCGGCUUGCCGAACUUGAGGACAACAUGCGCCUGCAUGGUCUAGAGGUCCCAACAAGCCGGAAAGCCAGAUCCAACGAUAUGGGGUGGUACCUGGAUCUGAGACGCUGGGGAUGUCCUCCCCAUGGAGGAUUUGGUCUUGGUUUUGACCGCCUGUUAAGCUAUCUGACUGGUGUGCCCAACGUCCGCGAUGUGGUGCCAUUUCCACGCCAUUUUGAGCGCUGCGAUUGCUAA